GAGAGGGGAAGGCAGCAACCAGCCGUAAGCUUUAAGCCAGGUGUGGGAAAUGAUCAGCAUCAUACCUAGAAACUCCCCAUUCGGAACCCCAGAUAUUAAACCAGUGACUCCACCAACUGUAUCUAUUGCCACAACCGCCAUGAAGCUGCUGAUCAUCGCACUGCUGGUAGUCGGGGCAGCCGCAGAGUCAGAGUCAGAGGAAGACCGGAUCAUUGGCGGGAGAGACUGCCGCGUUGGCUCUCGGCCCUACCAGGUGGCUCUCUUGAGGAACGGCCGCAUCUUCUGUGGCGGGAGCCUGAUACACCCGAAGUGGGUGCUAACUGCUGCGCACUGCGGCAGAAAUAUCAGGACCGUGCAGGUGCAUCUGGGGGAUUAUAAUCUACGGGCGAAGGAACCCACAGAACAGAUACGAAGAGUCCGCAACUUUUUUGUGCAUCCAGGGUACAACCUUCGCCGUUUUGACAAUGACUUCAUGCUUCUGGAGUUGGAUGCGCCAGCUCAACUCAACACCUACGUGAACACAAUCAACCUGUCUACCAGUUGUCCCUCUCCUGGAACACCAUGCAUCGUGUCAGGAUGGGGCACUAUCAGGUCCCCUCAAAGGCUGUUCCCAGACUUCCUGCGGUGUGCAGAUAUCUAUUGCGUCAGCCAGGACAGGUGCCAGGCCACUUACGGGGGCAUAAUCACGGAGAACAUGUUCUGCGCUGGCGUGGAGCAGGGUGGCAUAGACUCAUGCCAGGGGGAUUCAGGAGGCCCACUGGUCUGCAAUGGGCAGCUGCAGGGUGUGGUCUCCUGGGGGAUGUCCGUUUGUGCCCUGCCGGGACGGCCCGGGGUCUACGCCAAUGUCUGCAAAGCUGCCGAGUGGGUGAGGAGAACAAUAGGGAGGAAGUGCAUCGGAUCAGACUGAGAGCUCACAGAGCGUCACGCCUGCCACAAUAACCCACCAAACACAUGUCCCAGCCACACCUCUCCUCAUCUCACCGUGGCACCCAGGGGGUGCUGAUCUGGGUGGGACUAGGAUGGUGGCACUGCGGUGGGCCAGCCAAAAGCAGCCAGUGGUUAUGAGUCAGGCCUGACAAAAUCCUGAGACUAGGUUAAAAAUGUGGGAUGGGUUUAAAAAUCAUGAAUCAGCCUAAAGAUUGUGAGAUUGCUUUAAAAAUCAUGAGAUCAGUGUUAAAUUCAUGAGAUUGUUGUAAUAAAUCGUGAGAUUGCCUUAAAAGUCACUAAUCAGCCUGAAGUUCACAGGAUUGCUUUAAAAAUCAAGAUGUUGAGUUUAAAAAUCAGGAGAUUUGGUUUAGAAUCAUGGGAUUAGUUUGAAAGCCACCAGACUGCUGUAAAAAUCGUGAGAUUGUGAGAUGGGUUUAAAAAUCAUAAGAUUGGAUUAAAAAUUAUGAGACGGGUUUUAAAAUGCCAUAAAUAGUGCACAGGUCUUUGAUCGGGUCUCUUGGAUUAGUAAGGGUGGCAUAAGCGGCUAUAACUGCUCUGAAGUCACCAAGUCUGAUGUCUCAUGGAGUUCAAACUUUGUCAUAUGGUGCUACAGGAACAUAGCUACGGCACCUGUGGCAUAGACAAGCCCCAGGAGUUCAUAUUCAGCUGAUUAUCCACCACAGCCCCCAAAUCUUUCUGAGUGCCACUGCUUCUAUGGAGAGGGUCCCCCAUCCUCCAAGUCUGGUGGACAUUCUUUGGUCUGAGAUAGAUGCAUUUACAUGUAGCCAUUUACAUCCCCACGAGACUCAGUGACCCAAAUCUCACAUGAUUUUAUGACACGUCUCAUGAGGGUGGGUUUGUUUCUUAAAGUCUUGAGCUCCUGGAGUCACGUGACUCAGAGAAUCUGAGCUUUUGUUGGCAGAAAUCACUUUCUAGACCUAGGCUUUGGGGAAAGAAAGCUGGGAAACCGACCCUUAGAGGCUCUAAAAACAGUGAAUAAACAAACCCUACUGGUUUUGUUUUAUUUUUCACAUGUUGUGAUUUUUUUUUUAAGCCAAUCUCACAAUUCUGAGUGGGCCCAGACUUGCAAAUGUUAAACUCUUGAGGCAAGAGAUACUAGCGACAAGGGGUGGAAAAAGCACUGACCGAUCCUAGAGAAGAAGCUGGGACAGGAGAGAUUGACAAAGAGUGAGGCAGUUUAUGCUCAUAAACCACACCUGGUUGGAAAAUAAAGCUCCCAGUCCAUGCUGAAAUGUUCCGUUUCUAUAAUGAAAGCAUGUCAUUUCUAUACUCCUGCAUCUUGGCAGGGGGUUAGACUGGAUGCCCCUUGCAGUCCCGUCUGAGCCUCCCGUUCUAUUAUUCUGUGAUAAUGUUAGAAACCUUUAACGCCAAGUACAUACACAAGAGAAGCACCCGAAACAGGACAGGGUAUUUAGAAAUGUGUCACCUUUUCUAGCACACUCAGCAGAAGAGGGCCCAGGGAUCAAACCAGAAUCUUUAGCCUGGUUCUCUGAACAUUAAUCUGAUCCUGGAUAAGUAACGUGAGAUGUACUGUGUUAAAGUGCUAUUA